UGAAAAUUGAAAUGCAAACAAGAAGCAGCCAAUAUUUCAUGGCUUCCUCUUCUGUCUGACAAGACCCUGGCUCUUUCGUUGACUUCAAGGCAAAAGCAAGGUGCAUUGCUGCUGCCCCUUCUCCUGGUAAUGUUUACAACAAAGGUCGCUGUGCCUUUUCCUGCGGCAAAGUGCGAAUACAACCACGUGAGAUUUUGGCAGCGCGUUUGCAAGCAGGGUGCGAGCUUUGAGGAGUGAUGGAGUGAGUGUCUGGUGUUAAAUAUUGAGAUCCAGGCCAGGAAAGCUUUUAGUACUAGGAAUGCAAAAGGCACUUGAGUUUUACAGCCGAAACAGGGGAACAAACGCAGCGACGCUACAAAGCACUGGUCUGAAAGAGGGCAGAGCUGUGAUGUAGCUUGCUUGCUGAGAUGUCUCAAACAAACAGCUUCACGAAAGCUACAUAACGCUGACAAGGUAGACAGGAAGAGGCCAGAAGUUGGACAAGAUGACUCUCGACGGAUGUGUCAGUGUCAUUGCUUCAUCGGCCUCGCAUUCUCAUGAGUGCGAAGGGGGAUUGUGCCCUUUCUACGGUCUUGAGAUGCCGGGGCCUGACUCAGUGUAUGAUCCAAAGGGAGCUCCAAAGCUGCGCAAUGAGGACUUCCGAAUCAAUGUUCUCCACAGUUACAACAUUCUCGACACGGAACCUGAAGCACGCUUUGAUCGACUCACGGCUCUAGCGGCGCGCAUCUUCAAAGCAAAAGCUUCGUUGGUCACCCUUGUUGACUCGGAGCGCGUAUUUUUCAAGUCAAACACGGGAUCCUUUGAAGGCUGCGGAGAGGUUCCUCGCAGUACCUCGUUCUGCCCCUUCGUCACCCUCCCGACAUCCAAGCCCUGCUUAGUGGUGCUGGACGCAUCCAAAGACGGUCGCUUCCACAAGAACCCCUUGGUUUGCGGAGAGCCGCACAUGCGCUUCUAUGCAGGCGUGCCCCUCGAGACGGAAGGAGGCUUCGUCUUGGGCUCCUUCUGCAUCGUCGACUUCGAACCUCGAGAGAGCUUCUCCGAGGAAGAACAAGAGAUGCUGGUUGGGCUGGCGAAACUAGCUAUCCAGGAGAUUGAGAAGCACAACCGUGCCGCAGAGCUCCAACGGCUGCAACAGAAGAAGUUUGAGGAGGACAAGCGGGGGCUGCUGCAGGCAAUAGACGCUUUCAGCGAGGGCCUGGUGUUGGUCGACGUGUCCCAGAAGGGGCAGCCCAUCGUGUUUGUGAACGAGGGGUGGGAGAAGAUCACGGGGUACUCGGCAAACGAGUCGCGCGGGCAACACUGCGGCAGUCUGCUGCAGGGGCCUCUGACCUCUUUGGAAACCACGCACACGAUCACGCAAGCGUGCAAAGAAGGGCGACCAGCUUCGGUGGAGAUCCUGAAUUACCGGAAGGACGGGACACCCUUCUGGAACUGGCUCAGGAUACGGCCCGUGGAGGGGAGCAACUUUGGGCUGAGCGAAGAUACCCGGAACGGGCAGGGGAGGUACUACUUUGGCAUCCUGUCCGACUGCACCCGAAGGAAGGAGAAGGAACUAGAGUUGGAAGCGAUCCGGUUGCGCGAGCUGGAAGCCGAAGCCUCCGUGCGGGCCAAGCGCUCCUUUGUCGCAAACAUCAGUCACGAGCUUCGGACUCCGAUGAACGCGAUCCUGGCCUGUAGUCAGCUGCUGACGGACAUGCCCUCGCUCACUGACGACCAACGGGAGCUCUCCAGAAUGAUCCAGGGGUCGGGGCAACAGCUGCUACGGCUGAUCAACGACAUCCUAGAUUUCAGCAAGAUGGAUGCUGGGAAGAUGGAGCUCAGAUGCGCUGAGUUCAAUCUGUGGGGCUGUCUCGACUACUGCGUCGAGAUGCUGGCGAUGCGCUGCGAGAGCAAGGGCCUCGACCUCUCAUACAACAUGGAUGAGAGCGUGCCAGACUGGAUUUGGGCAGACGACGUUCGGCUGAGCCAGAUCCUGACCAACCUGCUGAGCAACGCCGCAAAGUUCACGGAGGAGGGCGGAGAGAUCGAGGUUUCAGUCAGCGCCGUCAGGCGCUCUCCGAGACGCACUUCCUCGGACGGAGCGGGCGCCCCCAGUUCCGCCGGACGGAAUUCCGCCCCGGAAAACAGCGCCCAUCUGCCCGAGUACGAGGUCACCUUCGCGGUUCGCGACACGGGGAUCGGCAUCCCGGCAGCGUUCCAGGAGGUGCUCUUCGACGCGUUCACGCAGUGCGACAACUCACGGACGAAGAAGUACGAAGGUACCGGGCUGGGUCUUGCGAUCAGCAGAGAUUUGGCAGAACGGAUGGGGGGAAGAAUGUGGGUAGAGAGCGAAGAAGGCAAGGGGAGCACCUUCUAUGUGUCGAUCUUCGCGCGUGGCUCCAUGCGAGAGUCCUCGGGUGUCGCCCUUUCCCCGGAGCAAGCAGUGUGUAGAGCGGCGACACCUGUCACUGGAAAGCGGGCUCUGCUUGUGGGCGGAAGAAACACGUUCCAGAGAAUGGUCGGAUCUAUGUUGAGAGUCUGGGGGCUGGAAGUGUCUGUUGCUGCGUCUGUUGAAGAGUUGCACGGUUUGUUGGGUCCGGCGGAGAAGGGCAGGUUGCAGGCGCCCAGUAACGGACGAAAGUUCGUGCGGGUAGACGUGGGCGGUUCUCAGGGCAAGCCGUUCGACGUUGUGAUCGUCGAUUGCUUCGAUACGGUUAAGCGUACCAAACACGGGCGAAAGGGCGCCGUCGAUGGGGGCGCGAACGGGCGGACGGCACCCGCCGAUCUGGUGGCCUUGGGGUGCCAGCUGGCAGAACGAGUGCCCACGUUCCUGCUGACGUCAAAGGAUACGAAGAGCCUCAUAAGCCAAUGGGCGGACAUGGAGAACGCCGUCUGCUUAUCCCGGUCAAUCCGGAUCAACCUCCUGUACGCUACGCUUCUCCAGAGGCUCGCACACCAAGACCCGCUCUCUCCCUUAACCACCCCUCGUUCCCUGCUAGACUCGAUAGCCUCAGAUUACGCAGAAGGGGGGGACGCAACCAGCCUGGAAAUCCUAGUGGUUGAGGACAACAAAGUGAACCAGCGGGUGCUGAACAAGGUCCUCAAGUCGCUUGACUACGACAAAAUCCGGACGGCUGGGAAUGGGCGUGAAGUCUUGGAGUUGUUGCGGCAGCAGCCUGCUGACGUGGUGCUGAUGGACGUCCAGAUGCCAGAGAUGGACGGGCUAACGGCAACCACGCGAAUCAAGGCCGACAUUUCCGACGAGGACCAGCCCAUGGUGAUUGCCCUGACGGCCGACGUGGGGAACGACAUAGAGAAGGAGUGUCGAGAAGCCGGGAUGAUCUCGUACCUGUCAAAGCCGGUCCAAAAGUCGAAAUUGGAAAAGUUGCUUGCGAAGUGCGGGUAUUACAAGCAGCACCGGUCAGAGCGGAAGAUGUUGAAGUGGAUAGACGCAAGUUAGAGUCGCGCCUUGCGCCUCCACUGUGUUUGUACCGUCGUUCUCCCCACGCUAUGUAAAGGUAGCUGCGGCCUGGUUAUGAGAAUGUUCUGGUCGGCGGCCACUGAUUGACAAAUGUAACUAAACUUAUCGAUCGUGAAAGCUAUAGCAAACGCGCUUUGAUUGCAAAAAGUAAGAUAGUGAACAAGGUAUGACUCAUUAUAGUGAAACACCGGCCGAGGUAAUCGUAGGUAAGGAAUCCGGUGAUCUGUCUUAGUGGUUAGUAUCAGGUCGCAUGUCUAGCUGGACCUCAAACUUCCAACAAUCACGGUCUGUUCCGGAUGUUUGCAAGUAAAGUAGUCGCAUUGGCAGUCGACCACCGUGUAAAGUUUCUGUCCG